AUGGUCUUCUUUAAGACUCUGGUGGUCAGCGCCCUGCUGACCGUCGCCCGCGCCGCCCUCGACAUCUCCAAUCCCGCCGGUCUCAUGGUGGGUGUGGCUCGUGUCGAUAUUACUCCUCCCGUCAACCCGGGCUGGCUGCCUCUGGACGAGUACGACCACGAGAAGCUGUACGUCCGCGCCAUCGUCUUCUCCAACAACAACGAGACCGCCGCCAUCAUCGGUUGUGACCUGAGCAACAUCGAAGAGCUGGUCUACCAGGAUGCCGCAGCCCAGGUUGCCGAGUUGCUCGACAUCCCCGUCUCCAACAUCAUUCUUUCGUCCACCCACACCCACGGCGCCUCACCCGCUGGUAUCGGACUCUUCUUCACGUCUGAAAACUACGGCUACUACGAGGUUCCCGGCGCUGCUGUCGAGGCCGUCAAGAUCGCCAUGUCCAAGAUGGAACCCGCCAUGGUUGGCUACAACACUGGCUCUGCGCACCCCAACGCCAACCGCGACGCCAUCAGUCCCGUUACUGGCCUGUGGACCGAGGCUGUCAACCUCACCGCUCCUGCCGACCGCGAGGUCGAGGUACUCACCUUUGUCCGCCCCAACGGCUCCGCUAUUGCUUCCUACACCUCGUACGCCAUGCACCCCGUCGCAUCGUACCUCACCGGCUACACCAGUGCCGAUUGGCCAGGAGCGAUGAUGCGCUGGAUCGAAAAGGCAUUCCCCGGAGACGUCGUCGCCAUCUACUCGCAGCAGGCCUCUGGCGACGUCAACCCCCGUUGGCUCCGCACCACCACCAACGAUCUGCUCUCCAUGCGCCUUGCCAACAUCACGGGCUACGAUGUCGACCACGAGACGAUCGAAGUGGCCGUACGCAACCGUUCGCUACCCAUCGCGCGCGCCGAUCCUGUCUACAUUCGCCAAGUGUUCACCCAGAUCGAGGCUCUCGGGAUCAUCGUUGCCGAAGAGGUCAUCCGCGUCAUGGGCGAGACUAAUGACUGGGACUCGAACCCCACCAUCUGGAGCAAGCAGCAGAACGUCUCCUGCCCCGGCCGCAAGCGCCUCGACAACUCGACUUACAACCGUGCCGGCCACCCGGGCGUGUACAACACCACCAACGUCGCCCCCAUUCAGAUCCGCACCGGUGUGCUCGGCAUCGGAGACAAGAUCCUCGUCACCGUCGGUGCUGAGAUCUACACCCGCAUCGGUUGGCGCAUCAAGGCCAUGGCUCCCAUGCUCAAGACCAUGCUCGUCACCAUGUCCAACGGCAAGGCCCCCUCGGGCUACAUCCCCGACACCGAGUCGUGGUCGCACCUCACCUUUGAGGUGCUCGGUUCCAACCUCCUCCCCGGAUCGUGCGCCGAGGACAGCAUUUCUCAGAGUCUCACAGACCUCGCGUCAGAGUACAAACAGCGAAUCUCGAAUAAUACAUCUCAAUAA